UAGCGGUUCAUUGUAGUCAAUGAACCACUUGUUUUAAAACCGGCUUAUCCUUGCGGGAAGUGCGCGCGGGAGGUCUCCAAUAUAUACAUAUAUUUCUAUUUUUACUCUCCCGAAAUUUUUUUAUAUAAUGAACAUAGACCUAGUUGCCCGUUUCAGAAACUGAUUAUCAAUUUGUGAGUAAUUCCCAUAACAUUUGCGAACAGAGACGCGUAAACAACCAUGACAUUUUUAUUGGGUGUUUUGGGUGUUAUUGUUAGUAUUCUACUGGAAGCUGAAGGGGCUACAACUGAACGCAACUCCAAUUUAACUCCACCUACACGGCAACAAUGCGACUUAAGUCUUCUGGAAAACCGACUCCAAUUGAUAGAGGAGCAUCUGAACGAGAAGUUUAACGGACUGAGGCGGGAUAUUUGGAGUAGCUCCCGGUCAAUCGAACAACAGACCGCAGCCACCAGGAAUGUCGUGGAAGAGUUACGAAGAGGAAUCGGUACGGAAAGAGAAAGACUUCGUCGCGACCCCCAUCUACAAUCCCAAAGUACCGAUCUUAGCCAAAAACUAGAACGAGAACUUCAAACAGUUAUAUUAUCACUCAGGCUACUAACGUCCGAAGUAGCCGUCAUAAGGGAGAAUGUUUCAAAAAUCGUAAAUUCCACUAAUGCCAUGAAAGACCGCCAUAAUAUAGAAUCCAACAUCCAGCAAAUAUUCAAGCCAUCAUCAUCAAAUGCCGUACCUUCAAACUGUCAGGAAAUUAGGCAGAAUAACCCUGGGGCCGCCUCAAGUAUUUACUUGGUCCAUCCGAGGGGUAGUAAUGAAUCUUUCUUUGUGUAUUGCGACAUGGAGGCUCAAGGGGGAGGAUGGCUCACCAUACAUAAUCGCUUCACUGGAGAGCAAGAUUUUUAUCUGGAUUGGCUUCGUUAUAAAAUCGGAUUUGGAAAUGUUGCUGGGGAACAUUGGUUGGGGUUAGAGCAUAUUUAUGAGAUAACAGGAAAGGAAAUCCAUGAGCUGCUUAUUCAACUAGUGGACGUAAACAACGUCAAAACAUACGCACACUAUUCCCACUUUAGUUUAGGAUCUGAAGAAGAGGGGUACCCUUUGAAGGUCCUUGGGGGUUACACUGGUACUGCGGGCGACUCCUUAAGCUACCACGCAGGAAGUAGAUUUAGUGCUAAAGAUAGGGAUGAAGAUUCUUGGAAUGAAGGACAUUGUGCCCAAGCUCAUGGGGGCGCCUGGUGGUACAAAUCCUGCGACAAAAGCAACUUAAACGGUAAAUACUUACCAGGACCACAGCCCGAUAUGUUCGCUUAUCAACCGAUGUACUGGGAUACAUUUACCGGCCCGCAGACCGGACUAAAGUACGCUAGAAUGAUGGUGCGUCCCAGGCAGGAAGUCGGGGAAACUUUAACGUCGAUGAGAAUGUAAAAAUAUGUUUUAAUUUGUAUUAUUGCUGCCAUAUUGUUUAUUACAUAGAGGAUACUGUGUAUGUAAAUUAACUAGCCAUUGAAAUGUAAAAGACUAUCUUUAUUGUUUUAGACUUUGUAUAUAAGUAAUUCUAUCUAUUUUUUCGUUAAGUUGGGCUAUCUGAAACAAUAAAUAAUAAAUAAAAUUUGA